AUGCAACAAGAAGAUAUUCAGGAGAUGCCCAACUCCAACUCCAACUCGAUCAAUAACAUUCAAUCAUUAUCAGCAUGUACGGUGGACAGUAUUUCUGAUGGGUCAAAUAUUGUACCACAAGAAGAAGAGGAACUAACAAAAGAGCAGCAGACACCAAAAUUGUAUAUCAGAAGAUGGUUCCAAUUAUUAUUGUUUGCUCUCUUGAUGAUUGUUGGACCUACUUGUACCGCAACAUUCUCAUCAGCAGGAACACUCAUGAUGAAAUAUUAUCAUCUUGGCAGCAAUCAGAAUUGGAAGAUUAAUGUGAGUAGUUUGCUGACAAGACCGUUUGCCAUUCCAUUAUCUCUGGUUGUUUCCUUUGUUAUUAAGAAUUUUGGAUUGAGAACUUCGAUUGUGGUUUUUUCAAUUCUCACCUCAGUGGGUUCUUGGAUUAAAUUAAUGGGAAUUCAGGGAACUGAAUCAUCAUAUUGGAUUUCAUUCAUUGGACAUGUUGUCAUGUUAAUUGGUUUACCUUUCCUUAAUCAUACUACUGACCUAUUGGGCAUGCUCUGGUUUGGUAAUAAUGAAAGAACAUUCAUCAUGUCCGUUAUUAUUGCAGCUGGUGCCAUUGGAAGCAUUGUCGGAAUAACCAUCAGCACUCGAGUAAUGACCAUUGGCAGUGAAAGUUCAGAAGAUUUAAGGUUCUCCGUAUUGGGAACUUCAAUCUUUUUCAUAUCCCAAGCAAUUUUUGUAACAAUAGUUGGGUUAUUGGGACUGUUAUUCUUCAAGGAAAAACCACCAACUCCACCUCUUUAUGCACCAACUGAAAAGGAGGAUUCGCCAUCUUCACUUACUGAGCCAAUGUUGUCAGAAGAAGAAUCGACCGCUGAAAAGAAAGUAGAAGAAAGUAAGGAUGUGUAUCCUCCACAAACUCUCAUGUUUGGUCUAAAGACCUUAAUAAGAAUGCCAUCCUAUUUCAUGUUGUUGGGAGCCAUCUCACUCUUCUCCGCUGCUACCAAUAGCAUUUCAAUUCUUGAGCAGGUAAUUAAGGUGAAUAAGUAUACAGCUAUCGAUGCAGGAAAUAUGAACAUUAUCUUGGUUGUGUUUGGAACGAUUGGAUCUUUUAUCUUUUCAUUUCUUUUUGACAGAACGAAACAGUUUAGAUUGAUUACUAUCAUUACGAGCUUUUCGGGGAGUUUGGGAUAUCUCUGGUUUUGCAUUCUAACGUUGUGGUAUAAGGAUGAUGGAAUGUUAGUCAUGUCAGGAAUGGCAUUUGUCAUUAUUGGAUUUUUCACAGGUCCUACUCCAUCAUUAUUGACUCAAAUGACAGUUUACAUUACCUAUCCAGUGCAUCCAUCCACUACCAUGCUCGUAACUAUUGCUUUCCAAACAAUUUGUGAAGUACUCAUGCUCAUCUAUACGAAUGUUCUUCAGGCAACGACACCACUCGCUCCAACCAUUAUUUUAUGGACUUCUAUGAUAUUCUAUGGGAUGGCAUGCCUUCUGGUUGCUUGUACUAGAGGUAAAUACAGUCCUGUUCUUCUCAAAUAA